AAGAGAGUGGAAAACUCUCAGUCUUCGAGCUGCUGGCAAGCAGGACGCACACGCUGAAACACCACGGUGCUGCUAUACCGGAGACCGCCAACAUUGAGUGAGGAGGCCCCCUACUUGGAAACAGCCGGUUCUAGGGUGCUGGUGUGGUGCCUGCGGUUUUUUCUUUUGGUGGUUUCCCUUAGUUCAGUGCGGUCAGUGCUCUAUACCCUUCAACUGAUAGCAGAAGUGAACAUAGUGAAAAAAUUGUAUUAUAAAAGAAACAAGUCAAACAGUGUAAAAAUUACUGUGUAAAAAAAUAUUACGAGUGUUUCGAGUAAUUUAAAAAAAAAUGUGUAAAUCUAUUCGCUGUGUUUAAUGUAAAGCAAACAAAAUUCAAUGUGUAGUGGAUAAAGUGAUGAGAAAAGUGUAAAAAGUCCAUAUGUUCGAUAAAAAGAAGAUAAAGAAAGAUGGAAAUUUACAACAGUAAAGGAAAGUGAGUGAAAAAAGCAUAACAUUAUAAAUAGGAAAUAAAAGGAGCUAAAACGGUGCGCCUAGUUGACAGCAUCACAGUAGGCACGUUCACGCGUGCUUGUUACUGUCAAAAAGUGCGCCAUCUGGCGGAAGUUGCAACAACUUCAAGUGGUGCUCGUGAAGUGGUGUGUGAUCCAGCUUGAAAGCCUCUUUAAGUAAAUUCACUCAAAAAAGUGACCCAUGUGCAGUGUGUCUUGCGUUUUCCACCAUGCCAGUAUGUGUAAAAAAAUGUCGGGAAAGCGUUCGCUUGCCCUGUUAGGUGCGUUUUAGUGGAACUAACUAUCAACGUUAUCGCGUUUCGGAUCCAUUUCUCCGUGCUACACGAAACAAAAACACGGCCGACAAAUCAAACGAUCCGAUGGGAUGGAAAUGAGUCUGUGCACCGGUUUUCGGUGGCACCGGAUCACCCUCCUUCGGUCGGUCGGGGGAAAAUAAAAUCUUGGUGAUAUGAGUUUCCGAUUAGCAUAAAUUUGCUGUGAUGUAUCUUCUGAUCUGCGUCUCUUAAAGCUCGUAUUUACUCGAAGCAACAGCACCGCAAAAACCCACGUUUGUCAGCAAACCAUCACCAUCAACCCUCCACCUUCCAGGCGAACGUAUCGUCCCAGCUCGUCCCCAACUUGAUGGCGACCCGCGUGCUCGAUGUUCGCAACCCCAGCGCAAGACGAUUACACGCUCCUGUGGGUCAAACAAUGCGGGUGCAACUGUAGACGUCGCCAUUAUGAAGCCGUGCGACAGCUGGAACCAUGAUCGAUCGAACGGUGGAGCGUAUCACCGUCCCGUAACAGACAAUCGGUUCCGCCGAAAGGCACCAAAAAUGACAUCAUAGUGUGCGCGUUCGACAGGAAGAAGGUGUUUCAGUGCGUGUGUUUGUGUGUGUAAGGGUGUGCGUUUAGAUGCUGUUCGAUGGCUAGCUAGUGGAACGCAAAGUCGACCAUGGUGGGCCAUGGAUUAUUUGAGAUUAAGAAACGUGACCAAACGCGACGGAAGUAGUUGGAGUGUUAAAUACGACGUGCGUUUAGUGUUUGUUAGCAGUGGGUUUCCGUUUUACCAUUCAAAUAAGCAUUUUCCGUAGGCAAGUGUUCGUGCGUUGGGUGAAGUUACCAGUAAGUCCGCCAAGCGCGGUAGUCGCACCUCUUGGGGUGUCCUUAAACCGCCAAGAAAAUAUUCCAAAGUAGUGUACAUGUGCUCAGUGUUAGUGUAGGGAAUCAUUUCUAACUCAUUGGAUGUAAACCAGUAGCAGGCGUGUAUGUAGGUCAGCUAGUGGCGAAACGUAUGACAAACUAUGGCCCUGACGGACGGUAGACGCCCGACGAAAGAAUCACACGCCUGGACCGCUUGGCCAUGGUCUACCGCACGGGAUACGGCCCGGGUGACACCGAGCCCUGCCGGUAGUUCCACCGGUAUCGUUUCCAGCACCUCGACCACCAUUACCUCCUACACCGCUUCACCGCCGACGGUUUCCUUCCCUGCGGCCUUCCACUCCUCCAGCACCAGUUCCCGGCCUCCGUUCAGUAGUACAGGCGCUCCGAGCGUUCGAUCGCGAACCCGUCUAACGACCGUCGUCGAUCAGCUGUCAUCACUCGUGUCAUCCACAGUGACCGACACCGACGAUGGGACGGAUGGAGACCUUUCAACACCGGUGUCAUCGUCGGCUGGGACCGGCAACCCUACCAGCCCCAGCUUCCCAACGCCAGAAGCCGGAAGCGUGCGUAAUCUCACACAAACCUUCCUCUCCAACUAUACCACGGUCACGGCGGACUACGCCGGUGACAAUUCCAAUGGGUCCGCGUACUUUGCGUCUCCAUCGGCCACGGCGAUGGGUGACCGGGGGUCCACCCUGCCCGGGGGCCUUUCACUAUCCCUGCCCGAUCUGCUCGAGGAGGACGAGCUGAUGGCGCUGUGGAACUGUACCAACUGUUUCUUGCUCAAUUACGGUGCGGCUGGCGGUGUCAAUAGUACGGGUAAAUACUACGGCAAUGGGACGGUCGAU